CAAACAAGAAGCUUUAAAAAUUUGCAAAAAUAUGCUUCAACGCGAAAACACGAACAAUCAAUUUAGUAUUAAUAGCUCGAAUGUGAAGCAAAGGCAGUAAUUUACUUUCGCGCUUAAAGGAUUCAUUGUCAAAAUUACAGUUACCGCAGAAGCCAUUGCUAAAAUAGUUCAUUUCCGUUUGUUGCAAGUAAUUUGUCCGCAUUUUAAUGAUGCUUUGCCUUGCCAGUGAGAUUUUGCUUUUGCUUUUAGUUUGAUUAACAAAAGCCGGUCAUAUUUUAAGUGUCAAAUUUACACCUAGGAGUUUGUGAAUAACGGUAGUUUUAAGAGAAAAGAGAACGGUAGUUUAAAAGAAUUUUUAUUAAAUAUAAGAAUAUAUUAUACGAUUUAUUAGGAGUGAAAUCGUUUAGUGUCCAUGGAUGAAAUCAACGAUUUUUUCGAUUUUUCCAAAGAUUUUGUGCGGCAGACAGCACCUCGUGGUUGCGUAUCAGGUUCAUUACCAGCUGCAGCUGGUCAAACGCGUGACCGGAGAGCAGACAUUAAACGGAAUUAUGAAGGCAAUGAGUAUGCCCAAGCGAUUAUAGAACAAGAGCGCGUUAAACUUGACCAGGUUAAUCUACGUGGUGAUAAUAGUAAUAAGUUACCACCACGCAGUUGGGCCCGUGCAUCCUCAUGUAUGAAUGACGUAGAAAGCCUAAUGAGUGAUUCCGAUUUCAAAACUGACGAAGAGGAUCAAAGCGAUCAUCAUCAUCAGAUCAGACGUGCAGAUGAUGGUUUGUACGACCGUUAUCAUUUUGAUUUGCGACGUGACGAAACUUUACCUAUACACGAUAGUAAAGAACAUAUUAUUGCAUCAAUUAGAGAGAAUCCAGUUAUUGUUCUCGAAGGUGACACUGGCUGCGGAAAAACAACACAGGUACCGCAGUAUAUUCUCGACGACGCGUAUCGUCGACGAGAAUAUUGCAAAAUAGUUUGCACACAACCGCGCAGAAUUGCAGCGAUUUCUAUAUCAGGCCGCGUUUCUUCGGAACGCAAAUGGCCUCAAGGUUCUGUAGUAGGAUAUCAAGUUGGUCUACACGCUAAUGUGACCGAAGAUACUCGUUUGCUUUUUUGUACAACCGGUGUAUUGCUACAAAAGCUAAUACGUGAGAAAUCCAUGACCCACUUCACUCACAUUAUAUUGGACGAAGUACACGAACGUGACCAAGAAAUGGAUUUUUUAUUAUUUGUGGUUCGGCGUUUAUUGACGACGAACUCGAAACAAGUUAAAAUUAUAUUAAUGUCGGCCACCAUUAAUUCAGUAGAGUUUUCAAACUACUUCAAAUUCCAUGGAAGACCGGCGCCAAUAAUAAGAGGCGAUAGUCGUCGCUUAUUUGAAGUCAGAGAAUUUUAUUUGUGCGAUUUGGAUCCAAUAAAUCCUACGAAAUUUCGUCCGGAUUAUGCAGAUCCUGGCAUCAGCAAAGAAAUGUAUACUAUUGCUUUUAAAUUAAUUGUAGUCAUUGAUAAUAUUGAAAAACAAGAGGGCGCUUUAAGUUUAAGCACCGCAAACUCAGUUCCUGCGAAAACUUCAAUUUUAAUAUUUCUGCCCGGUAUUAACGAAAUUGACCUCAUGUAUAAAAGACUAGAGCAGUUAAAUCAGACUGCCCGUGACAUCUCCAAAUUGAAUCCCAUUCGCUUACAUUCCUUAAUAUCACCCAAUGAACAACUCCAGAUAUUCAAGCCGGCACCUGCUGGUUAUCGCAGAGUUAUUUUAUCCACUAAUAUAGCCGAAAGCUCAGUGACGGUACCAGGCGUUAAAUACGUCAUUGAUUUUUGCUUAGCGAAAUCACUCUUUACUGAUCCGACCAGCAAUUUCACAUCAUUGCAAUUGCAUUGGGCCUCCCACGCUAAUUGCCGUCAGCGUGCAGGACGUGCUGGGCGUGUUAUGAAGGGUCGUGUUUAUCGUUUAGUACACCGCUCUUACUAUGAGACUUAUAUGGAACGGUUUAGCAUGCCGGAAAUGUUGCGAUGCCCGUUGGAAAAUGUGGUUUUAAAAGCUAAACUCUUAGAUAUGGGACCACCAUCAGAAGUGUUAGCUUUAACUAUGGCACCACCUGACUUAAGCGCUAUUCACAACACCAUCUUGACUCUUAAAGAAGUUGGCGCUUUAUAUAAAAAUGUUAACGGAUAUUACUCUGUUCAGGAUGGCGAUCUUACAUAUAUGGGCCGCAUUAUGGCCAGCUUGCCUUUGGACAUUCGAUUAACUCGUUUGAUUAUUUUGGGCUAUAUAUAUAGUGUUUUGGACGAUGCGAUUGUUAUGGCUGCUGGUUUAAGCGUACGUUCCGUAUGCAAAUUACAAAGUACAUCACAACAAAACGAUUUAGAAGCUUACGUGCAGAAACUUGUGUGGGCUGAUAGCUCUGGCUCGGAUUUAUUUGCUAUUUUAAGAGCUUAUAGGAUUUGGACUUCCAUGCAUGAACAUAAUAGCUUAACAAACGACAAAGAUGAAAAUGAUUGGGCUCAACGAUUUUUUAUUAAUUUGCGCUCUAUUAAGGAAAUGCAUUUGUUGGUGCAAGAGAUUCGUGCACGUUUGAUAUCUUUCAAUUUUAAAGAGCAAACAUCUUAUCAACGUGUUCAUUGGAUGGAACGCGAGAAACCGAUUGUACUAAAAAUAAUCAUAGCAGGAGCAUUUUAUCCCAAUUACUUCACACGUUCUAAUCUGAACGACACGGACCGCGAACGUGGCGUUUAUCACACUUUGUGCGGUAAUGAUCCCUGCAGUACGGUGUACUUUACAAAUUUCAGUACUCAACAAAUCGGACAAUUGUAUACGCGUUCCAUUAAAGCAUUAUUUAAAGGCGUUUUACCUAAAGACAUUGAGGUGCGUUUUCAACCAGGCUCUGAACGAGUGUUUGUUACAUUUACUAAAGAUCCAGAAUUUGCUUGUGAAGAUGUAACAAAACGGCUUUUGGUACCAGGUCGUGUGAAACCGGACGUUUAUAAGGCAAUAAGAAUGCGUAUGUCUUCUUCGCGUCUUUACAUUAAUGUCAUGGAGCCUCGAUUAGCUGUAAAGUAUGCAACAGAGCGCGGAUACGGUGCUACGGUAGAUGGAGUCUGGAAGCCAAACAAUCCGUCCCUCCAAAAUGUCGAUUCCAUCGUGUUACCUUCAGUCUUUGAAAAAAAAUUGAGAGGAUUAAUUGCACAUGUUGAGCAUUGCAGUAAAUUUUUCUUCUUGCCUUUGAGUGAGUUUGAAUAUGUACGUGAAAUGCAUGAUACAAUAAAUAGAUCUGAUGGAAUUGAAAAUGGUCGAUUUAGAAGUCCUGCCGAAAUAUCAAAGGGAAUGAUCUUGGUGGCUCCUCUCAAUGAGAAAUACCGCAGAGCAAAAGUUAUAAAAUUUUCAAAUGCUAGAAAUAAUCUACAGUUUCAGGUAUGCUUCAUUGAUAACGGCUGCAAGUUGUGUGUCAAUUUCGAAGACUUGCGAAAAAUACCGGAAAAAUACAAGUUGAUGCCACCACGAGUUUUUGAAUGCCGUUUAGCUAUGGUACAACCCUCCACUGUUAAAUCACCGAAUGGCAAAUGGGCCGAAGAAUCAAAAGAAAUUCUACAACAAUGUGCCAAUGCCGGCAGAGUGGAAAUUGAAGUCUUCUCGGUAGUAUAUGGCGUGGCAAAUGUUAUCAUUAAAAUGCAAAAUGGUACCUUAAAUGAUUUAUUAGUGCAGAAAUAUUUCGCCCGCAAAACGGAAGAGAAUUAUUUAUCAAAGACUGACCAUGAUUUGCGUUUGCGCAGACAGGCUUUGGUCGAUCGUUUCUUGACCGAAGAUAAUCGGCGUGAAAAUCAAGAAUAUGUACUAUCCAUGCAAUCGAACGCGGAAGGAGACAUUGAGGCACCACCUCGCGAGCUAUGCAGUAAAAUCAUAAAGUUGCGUGGCCCUUAUAGUCCUUUAGAAACAAAAAUUUACUCAGCUAUCGCUGCCGGCACAUGGAAAUGCGUAGAGAUCGAGAAAGAGUCUGUGAAUUCAGUGCUGCUGGAUACCGAUCCGCAAGAUGUGCAUGAGCAUUUAGUUGUUGCUGCUGCUGUUACAGAAAAUCAAUCUGGUAACACGAUUGUCGCACGUGGCACCACACUGAUGCCUAACAUACACGGUUUUGGAGCUUUAGUUACAAUGAUGUUCUGCCCAACGAUGCAAAUCAAACGCAAUAAAGACCGUACGAAAUAUGUCACAAUAUUAGCUGGCUUAGGAUACGAUCAAAACACCCUUGAGCCUUUGUACGGCCAACAUGAUUUAGUUUUAAAUUUGGAUGUCGAAUUGGACAUGGACGAUUUUAAACUGGUCAAUCAAUUACGUUAUAGUAUGGAUAUCAUACUAUACACAGACCCUGGUCCUGAUGAACGUCCCACUAUUACGUCAAGCGCUAUAUGUGAUUUGCAAGCCAAACUUAAACAGAUUAUUAUAAAACUAUUCACUAAAAACCGGAAAUAUAUUGAAACACAUAGCAGUGACAAUGAUAAUGUUUGGGAGCGUUUCGAGUGCGAAGAAAUUUUGGAAAGUUCUGAAGUUUUAGGUGAACGUUCGAUAUUCCCAAUGCUUCCAUCUUUUCGCUUGUACCGUGAGGAUAACGGUCGUAUAAGGACCCUUUUGACGCACUGCGAAGAAUUGCACACUCUACGACACUUCGAUGGUGCUAUGCAAACGGUUACAUGCCUUUUGUGCAAUCAACCUUUGGAGAAUGUUGUGCAAGUGCGUAUGCAUUUAUUAUCUCAAUUACAUCGUGAUCGUGAACAGCAGAUAGACUUUAAACCGCCACGAAAAUGAAAUAGUGGACUCAAAUUUAAAAACUUUUAAAUUUAAAGACCUUUUUUUUUCUCUGCUCCAAAUGAACUGACUUUAUAUAAUUUUUU